UAUGAGAUUCAGAUAACACAAAACUUUUAUGAAAACAAAAUAUAGAUCACAUGAUAAAUGACGUCAGAGGACAGUUGCCAAGCUGUUUGCAUUGAAGGUGAAGGAAGGUUUGGUGUUGCAGCGCGUUGGAAAAGGGCUGAAUUUGAGCGAGUCCCGUGUUAUUUUGAGAAUCUGAUAGUUACUCCAGCUGGAAGUAAAAAGAGACAAACGCAUAAAAUAUCCGAACAAAAGAUGUCGUCACCAAGCGCUGGCAAGCGACGAAUGGAUACGGAUGUUAUUAAACUUAUAGAAAGUAAACACGAAGUAACCAUAUUAGGAGGUCUAAAUGAAUUCUGUGUGAAAUUUUAUGGUCCUAAAGGAACCCCUUAUGAAGGUGGUGUAUGGAAAGUCAGAGUUGAUUUACCAGAAAAAUAUCCUUUCAAAUCACCAUCUAUUGGUUUUAUGAAUAAAAUAUACCAUCCAAACAUUGAUGAAGU